AUGGAAUGCAAAGGACAAAUUUCCCCUCAGGGGAACCAUACUACACUGGUGGAAUUCAUCCUGAUUGGGUUUUCUGAUGUUCCCAAACUUCAAGGAUUACUUUUUGGUAUAUUUCUUAUACUAUACAUUAUUAUUCUUAUGGGAAAUAGCCUCAUUAUCAUGAUAACUAAGGUUGAUCCUUCCCUCCAGACCCCCAUGUAUUUCUUCCUUCGGAAUUUUUCCCUUUUGGAAAUGUGUUAUGUGUCAGUCACUGUCCCCAGAUUAUUAACUGAUCUCUGUAAACAGUAUGGAAAUAUUUCCUUUCUGGCUUGUGCAGUUCAAAUGUAUAUCUUUCUGAUCCUGGGAGACACUGAGUGCUUCAUCCUCACUGCCAUGGCUUAUGACAGGUAUGUGGCCAUUUGCAACCCACUACUCUACCCUGUCAUCAUGAACAGUAGGCUGUGUAUACAGCUGGUACUUGUCUGCUGGACCACGGCAAUUCCAGUCCAUAUAGGAUUCACCUCUGUGGUCUUUACUUCUCCCUUCUGUGGAUGUAACCAGAUGAACCACUUUUUCUGUGAUGCACCUCCAGUUGUUCAGCUUGUUUGUGGGGACACUUUUAUGAUUGAGAUGUUGACUUAUGUGAUUGCUACCAUAGUUGUUGCUGUGCCUUUUUUGUUGAUACUUAUAUCUUAUGUGAAA